AUGACGCUCGGCCGUACGAUUCGUUACGUUAAAGGAGAACACCUUUCAUUUAUCCGCGUAUCCCGUUUGACCAAGACCUUUGUCUGGGGUGAUGUUUUGUCUUUCGUUAUCCAAGGCAAUUCCUCGACGUUUUCCAUACUUGGAUAUACUACGUUGGCGAAAGUUGCUGUCGUUGCUGGUCUAGUGAUCCAACUUAUCUCAUUCUCGCUCUUUUGGCUUACAGCUGUCAUCUUUGAGCGACGUAUCAAUCGGUCACCUACUCCUGAAUCGCUUCUACCUACAAACUCGUGGAGGAAAUUGCUGCACAUGUUGUAUGCUGUUAGUGCUUUGAUUAUGAUUCGCUCCAUUUUUCGAAUCGUGGAAUAUGUGCUUGGGAAUAACGGCUAUCCGCUGUCGCACGAGUGGACUCUUUACAUAUUUGACUCUAUUCCGAUGUCAAUGGUGAUGGUCAUCUUCCUGAUACGGUACCCCGACGAUCUUAAGCCAGGUCUGGAUCUUGAUAGACACUCGGAGAUACCCCUCACAUACAACUAUCCCGAGGUCUGA